AUGGCCAGGAAGUGGCCACACUUGGAGAAGCUUGCUGAUUUGUUGAUGCCUUCGACUGACUGCGAAGUAGGCAUUCUCAUCGGCUAUAAUUGUCCGCGUGCCUUGGCACCUCGUGAUGUCGUUCCUCCUGUCAACAAUGGACCAUAUGGUCAAAGAACCGACCUUGGCUGGGGCAUCGUCGGUAUUGUAGACCCCAACCAGUGCGGAGUCGACGACUGUGAUCCCAUCGGUGUGAGUCACAGAAUUCUGAUCCAUGAAGUGCCAUCGUUUUUGACAGUUCGUGAAAGCCUGAAAGGAUGUACAGAAGAGAAUGUUGACAACAUUCAAUUCUCCUUCAGAAGUCGUGUAAAGGAGAUGGUCAGUCCCUACGAAGUUAUACAAAUGAUGGAACUAGACUUCUCCAAGCGAAAGUCAGAUGAGGUUGCACUGUCUCAAGACGACCGUAAGUUCUUGACCAAGAUGGAGGAGGGUAUUCAUCAAAAAUGCGACAGUCACUUUGUUAUGCCGUUACCCUUCAAGGAAGCAGAACCUAAACUUCCAAACAACAAGAUUCAAGCUCUUCAGCGUCUCAAACAGCUAAAGGGCCGGUUCAAGAAGAACCCGCAGUAUCACAGCGAGUACAAUACCUUCAUGAAUAACAUCAUCAAGAGUGGCUAUGCACAGAAGGUUCCUGAUUCCGAGCUUCAUGUCUCUGAUGACUAUGUAUGGUACAUACCCCAUCAUGGUGUCUACCAUCCGAAAAAACCUGAGAAAAUCAGAGUGGUCUUUGACUGCAGUGCCAAGUUUGAAGGAAAGUCUUUGAAUGACUAUCUCCUACAGGGUCCUGACCUGACCAACACACUUGUGGGUGUCCUAUGUAGGUUUCGACAACAACCGAUCGCCUUUAUGUGCGACAUAGAGCAAAUGUUUUACCAGUUCUAUGUGAUUCCAGACCAUCGGAAGUUCCUUCGAUUCUUGUGGUGGGAAAGGGGAGACCCUGAAGCUGAACCAAAGGAGUUCCAGAUGAAUGUCCAUCUGUUUGGUGCGGCAUCAUCGCUUGGUUGUGCGAACUUUGGUCUCAAACAAAUUGCGAACAGCUACGAAGAAGAAUGUGGUUCUGCAGCUGCGAACUUUGUGCGAAAUGACUUCUAUGUGGAUGACGGUCUGAGAUCUGUUUCCACCAGCGAAGAAGCCAUUGAGUUGAUAACGAAGACCAAAGAUCUCUGUGGCAGAGGUGGUUUGCGAUUGCAUAAGUUUGUCUCCAAUUCACGAGAAGUGAUGGAAGCAGUUUCGCCACAGGAUCGUGCCAAAGGAAUCAAGGAUCUUGACUUGCGUCACGACUCUCUCCCCAUCGAGCGAGCACUUGGCGUCCACUGGUGUAUCGAGUCGGACACAUUCCAGUUUCGAAUCAUUCUGAAGGACCAACCACUCACAAUACGAGGAAUCCUUUCCACGAUCAGUUCGGUAUAUGAUCCUCUUGGAUUUGUGAGUCCUGUUCUGUUGGUUGGUAAGCAGAUAUUACAGGAGCUGUGCAGAGAUCAGGCAGAGUGGGAUGAUCCACUUCCUGAAUCAUUACGGCCAGCUUGGGAACGGUGGAGGAGCGAUUUGACUCUUUUAGAGAACUUCAAGAUGCGACGAUGCUUUCUUCCGGAGAAUUUUGGUCGUGUUGAAUCGGUAGAGAUUCAUCAUUUCUCUGAUGCGAGUUCCACUGGCUAUGCCCAAUGUUCAUACCUGAGACUCACCGAUGACCAGCGAAGAGUACACUGCAGCCUCAUCAUGGGGAAAUGCAGAGUUUGUCCUCUGAAGCCAGUUUCUGUGCCAAGCCUUGAGCUAACAGCUGCGGUGGUGUCAGUCCGUGUCAGUGCUCUGUUACAGAAGGAGCUCGAGUAUGAGAAUGUUUAUGAGGUCUUCUGGACCGACAGUAGGGUAGUGUUGGGCUACAUUGCCAAUGAUGCACGGAGAUUCCAUGUUUUUGUUGCGAAUCGGGUACAGCGUAUCAGAGACCACACCAAGCCUUCCCAGUGGCGACAUGUUGCUGCAGAUGUUAAUCCGGCAGAUGACGGAUCAAGGGGUCUUGGAGUUGAGGAAUUGAUGAACAAAUCAAGGUUGCUUGUUGGACCUAACUUUCUGUGGAAAGAGCAGGUUCCUAUCACAAUUGAAGCCAGUAGUCCAACCAUAUCUCCAGAGGAUCUGGAGGUGAAGAAGGUCAAGAGCCUUGCUACACAGACUGCGAAGCAGACAUUCGAGCUUAAACGUCUUGAGCGCUUCUCUGAAUGGCAUCAAGCCAAGAGAGCUAUAGCAACUUGUCUGAAGUUCAAGUCUCUCCUGAUGAAGCGUUCCAUAAAGAAACCACAGCCAAAUUCGAUCCAGGCUCUACGAAAAGAUGCGAAUCCUCUCUACAAACCUGUGAUGGUAGAGGACAUGUGCCAAGCGGAACUAGAAAUCCUGAGACUGGUGCAGAAAGAAGCCUUUGCAGAGGAAAUCAAAAUCCUGGAAUCUCUCAAGGUCAACAGCGACAACCCUAGCAGAGCCAAGGUUCGAGAGCGUAACAAAGUCAUGAAGACUAAGAGUUGUCUCUACAAAUUGGACCCAUUUCUGGAUGCUGAUAACAUUCUGCGAGUUGGAGGCCGCAUUAGAAGGGGCUGGGUUCCCUUCUAA